AUGGCCGAAGUAGAAGAACCAUUCAAAAAUAAGCGUAAGGCAACGCCGGAACCCCCCGACGAGGACGUUGCCGGCAAGCGCAUGAGACUCGGGGAUGGGCACAACCACGCAUCGUCAAGCGACGGCAUCAAUACCCACGUAAAGGGACCUCAUGGUGACGCCACGCCAACCGAUAACGAGCGACGCAAGGCACCUGAAGAUUUGUCCUCUGCAACAGCACCGACACACCACGUGGAACCAGAGCAAGAGAUUCGGCGCGCGCCAGAGGCACGGAGGGCAUCUAUGGGAGGCGGACCUCCGGGCCGGCGAAGCAUCAGCCUGGAAGAGAAGAAGCGAGGGCAGCGGCUGUUUGGAGGCCUGGUCAGCGCGCUGAGCCGGAGUUCGUCGGGGACGCAGCAGCAAAAGAGGCUUGAGAUUGAGCGGCGACAGCACGAGAAGUCGCAGCAACGACGUGCUGAGGAUGAGAAGCGCAGGAUCGAGAAGCUGGAGCAGUUGAAGCGGACGCGCAAGAUUGAGCAAGUCAAACUCGAUGAGCAGGUGUAUUAUCUUCCGUGGGAGCUCACCAAGGAGCAAGAAGACAUCAUUAGCGACCAAGUCCGCGCCGUCGAAGAGCUUAUUGAUCGAGAAACGCGCGACUUUAAGGAGCGUAAAGAGCAGCGUCUCAGGGCACUGGGCGUUUCCCCGCCGCCGAGAUCUCCAUCGCCUCCUCCGCGACAGUUGAAGCAGCGACCUGAGCCGGCGCCAGAGACUAAGCGUGAGUCACAACCCGAGACAGUACCAAACUCAGGGGCCGAAGAAGCCACGGUUGGUGAGCCCAAACCUGAGCCGCGAGAUACCAACCCGGAUGCUGUGUCGCCUACGCCAUCGAAAGCGCGGAACCCCCACCAUGACAAAGAUCACGACGAGAAUGGGGAUGAGAUGAUGCAGGAUGAGGAGGACACAGUCAUAUACUAACCCGGUCUUCAUUCCAUCGGUUCCUAUUCUGCGACCUUGUCUAGGAUGUAAGUUCGACGGUGAAGCUUGUAUAAUGCCCUCUUCCCCCUGUGCCUUGCACGUGUGGGAUGUCGUGGCUACUCAGGGGUUAUUUAUGGAGGGCUCGACACGGACUAUACCGCGAGAAGAGCUAUGUGGGUCCCGAGGUAAGCCGUCAUGGACCGGGAUUCGGGGCCUAGCGGGAUUGAGGAUGUGGGCCUGGAGUCGGUGGUGCUGGGCACUCCGUUUGCCGCGGCACCGGGGCUGCUUCUCAGUGAUCACAUAAUCCGAAAAAGACCUGGGGAGUUAUGACCGUUGUAUGCAGUGGUAGAACGACUCUUUGGGGCAAUG